AUGAGGUCUCAACUUCCCUUCGAAAUACACAUCGAUCUCGAUAAUGCAUCUCUUCUCGCUCGUAACGCCGUUUACACCAGAACUCGCCCUACUGUCUUCACCUGUAAUGCGAUCAUCGCUGCUAUGUAUCGGGCAAAACGGUAUAAUGAUGCAAUUGCGUUGUUUAAGUAUUUUUUUGAACAGCAUGAUAUUGUUCCUAAUGUCGUUUCGUAUAAUAAUUUGAUUAACGCGCACUGCGAUGAAGGGAGAGUGGAUACUGCGCUUGAAAUUUAUAGGCAUAUAAUUGCUACUGCUCCGUUUGGUCCUUCUUCAGUUACGUAUAAGCAUUUGACUAAAGGGUUGAUUGAUGCUGGUAGAAUUGAGGAAGCAGUGGAUUUGUUGAGAGAAAUGUUGAAUAAAGGGCACGGGGCAGAUUCUUUGGUUUAUAAUAAUGUGAUUAAAGGGUUUUUAGAUUUGGGGAAUUUGGAGAAGGCAAAUGAGUUUUUUAGUGAGUUAACUGAGAGGUGCCAGUGGUAUGAUGCAACUAUUAAUGCAACAUUUAUGGACUGGUGGUUUAAGCAAGGGAAGGAUAAGGAGGCUAUGGAGAAUUAUAAGACGUUUCUGGAUAAGAAAUUGAAGAUUCCAGUUCCAACUGGAAAUGCCCUUUUGGAGGUUCUGGUUAGGUAUGGAAAAAAAGAGACAGCUAUGGCUUUGUUUGAACAAAUGUUGGAUAACCAUACCCCGCCAACUGGCCAAGGUGUAAAUUCUGAAACUUUUAAUAUCAUGGUGAAUGAGUGUUUUAAGGAAGGGAAGUUUGAUGAGGCAAUUGUUAUGUUUAAGAAGGCAGGGACAAAACCUGGAUCAAAACCUUUUCAAAUGGAUGUUGCAGGGUAUAAUAACAUUAUAAUGCGGUUCUGUGAGAAGGAGAUGUUGUCAAAGGCAGAGGAGUACUUCAAAGAAUUGUCGUCCAGGUCCUUGUCCCCAGAUGUCACAAGUUAUAGAACGUUGAUUGAUGCAUAUCUCAAGGCUGAGAGGAUUGACGAUGCUCUAAGGUUGUUACAAAAAAUGGUGCAGGAAAAUUUGUGGGUGGUGGCAAGUUAUGGGAUAAGGGUGUUUGGAGAGUUGAUUAAGAAUGGUAAGGCAGUGGAGAGUGCUGAAAUUUUGAGAACAAUGAGUGACAGAGAUCCAAAACCAGACCCCUCUGUUUAUGAUGUUGUGGUCAGAGGGCUCUGCAGCGCAUCUGCAUAUGACAAGUGCAAGGAUAUACUGGAGCAAAUGAUGAGAUAUGGUGUUGGUGUUCCUCCUGCUUUAAAGGAAUUUGUAAUUGAGGUAUUUACAAAUGCUGGACAGAGUGAAGUAAUUGAGGGAGUUUUUGAUGAAAAUAGAUGGAAGAACACUUCAGGACCCCCUCGUGCACAAAGGCAACCUCGAAUGCCUUGGGGAUCUCCCCAAAUUGCUAGAGAGCAGCCAGCAGGGCCAUUUUCAUCUCCUGGACAAGCUGUGUCAGGUCAACCUCAAGGGGCAAGACAACAGCCAUAUAGUUACCAGCAAAUGACAGGCCAAGUGCCAUCAGGACCACCUCAAGUGACAGGACAGCAACCAUCAUGGCCUCAUCAAAUGGCAGGACAGCAGCCAUCAUGGCCUCGUGAAAUUCCAGGGCAGCAGUUAUCACAGUCUCUACAAACAAGACAGCCAUCAUCAUGGUCUUCUGAAAGAGGAGGACAUCAGCCACAAUUACCUUCUCAGAUGAGAGAGCAGCAGCCAUUUGCCUCCAAUAAUAUUGCAGGACCAGAGCCAUCAAGACCUUAUCAAACUGCAGGACAGCAGCCAUCAGGGUCUCAUCAAAUUCCAGGGCAGCAGUUAUCACAGUCUCCUCAAAUGGGACAGCCAGCAUCAUGGUCUUCCGAAAGAGGAGGACAUCAGCCACAAUUACCUUCCCAGAUGAGAGAGCAGCAUCAAUUUGCCUCCCAUAAUAUUGCAGGACCAGAGUCAUCAAGACCUUAUCAAAUUGCAGGACAGCAGCCAUUAGCCUCUAAUGAUAUUGCAGGACAGCAGCCAUUGAGACCUUAUCAAAUGGCAGGGCACCAGCCCUCAUGGUCCUCUCGGACGGGAGAACACCAGCCAUCAUGGUCCCCUCGGACGGGAGAGCACCAGCCAUCAUGGUCCUCUCGGACAGGAGAGCACCAGCCAUCAUGGUCUUCUCAGACAGGAGGACACCAGCCAUCUAGGUCAUAUCAGAUGGGAGGACACCAGCAAUCAUGGUCCUCUCAAAUGAGAGGAGAGCAGUCAUCAGGAACUACAUAUAUGGCCGGACAUCAACCAUCCGAAUCCAGGCAAAUUUCAAGACAGUUUGAUAUGGGAUAUCAACCAAAUAGUCCCCCAGAAAUGUCGGAGCAACAUUCAUCAGGACCCCUUGAACGGCAAGAAAGUCACCUGCGGGCAGCUGUUUGAUACUUUCGAACAAAAUGAUCAAAUAGAAUGUUUGGCCUUUUCAUGUGCUGAUUUUUUAUUUCUGACACAUUUAUGCAUCCAUCCUAUGCAAUAGAUAAAUUAAUUUUUGUAAUUUGCCACAUGAUAUUUUUCAUUGGAAAUAUGAAUUUUAAUGGAAAAAAUAUAUAUCUUUGGGACAGUUGCUGAAUGUUGGAGCUCCUAUGUGCAAUUCUUUGUAAACUUGUAGAUGUUUGUACUGCCACCUUCAGUUAGAUAUUUUAGUGUGUAUUUCAACAGGUGAUUUUUCUUUCUUUGUGAAAUAAUUCCUAGUUUUUGGAGGAAA